AUGGAAGUAACCGGCCUUACCCUCGGGGCCGUGACCCUAGUCAGCUUAUUCAAACACUGCGUCGACCUCUUUUCUAUGAUCACAGCAGCUCGUGACCUGGGAAAAGAUGCCGCCAUUCUAGAUACGAAGCUCGAUGUUGAGAAGAUGCUUUUCCUCCAGUGGUCUGACCGGGUCGGACUGUUGAAGCAAGACUCCACUCUGUUAUGCAAUCCGGAUACUCGGCAACUCAUCUCACGUGUGCUGAAAAGCAUCAAAGCUCUGUUGAGCGAAGGCCAGGCUCUACAAAGAGACUAUGGUCUCAAACGAAUCGAUGAGUCUGCCGAGUCAACUACGGGCUACCAAGGCGCCAGCUCAGUUCGAUUCAGGAAAUUCCUCAAACAGUUUGAAGAGCUAAAAAUCAAAUCAGACGCUGACCGGCACGGUAGCUUUAAAGUUAGCAAGCAGUUCCGCUGGAUCACCGUCGAUAAGGAAAAGUUCAACUCGCUCAUCGACCACCUCUCAUAUUUCAAUACAUCCCUGAAUAAUCUUAUUCCAACGUCGUCAGAAGCAGCUGCCUCCAAAAAUGACUUGUCCAACAUCAAAGACCUUGCUGAACUUGACUUGGUCAUCGAAGUAACAUCAAAUACGAGACCGAGCGUCAGUGAGGCUGCUGUGGCUGCUAAGUCUGCAAUCAUCUCGUCCCGAAUUGUCCGCUCCCUCUGGUUCCGCUGGUAUGACUACCGAAGGAUGAAUAUCAAGAGUCCUCACUUCAAAACUCUACAGUGGGCUCUUGACCCACCCAGCGAAUAUCUUCAGUGGGAUGAUCUCAACACUUGGUUACAGAGCGCGUCUGGUCUAUACUGGCUCUCUGGAAAGGCUGGAAGUGGCAAGUCGACUCUGAUGAAGUACCUUCAUCAGCAUGUUAAUCUCGGCAAGCUUCUUUUCUACGCCCUUGGGAAACCGGAACAAAAGUCACAAUCUGGGCUCCUACGUAGCCUGCUCUAUCAGAUCUUGCAUUAUGACCCAAGUGCUACUGAGCACGCUCUUUCGCACAUGUGGCGAGAAGCGUGCUACAAUCAGAGUUCUCCCGAACUCGAGGUCCCGUCCAUUGACGAAAUGGCCACUGCUGUGAAUGUUCUCUGUUCAACGCUCCAUGCUGACAAGAAGAUAUUUCUGUUGAUAUAUGGUGUCGAUGAAUAUGAAGGAAAGGAUCUCGAUAUUGCAAGAUUCAUCAGCGAGCUUGAAUCGUUCCCAAAUCUCAAGAUUCUAAUGAACCUACAGGACUUGACGAAACGCGAUGUCGCUAUGUAUAUUCAAGAUACCGUGGCUUCCCAUCCAUAUAUUAGAUCAGCGUCUCACUUCCCGGUCGAUGAAAUCACUCAAAAGUUUGCACAAAAGGCAUCCGGCGUCUUUCUUUGGGUUAUUCUUGCUUGCCGAUCUGUUGUCGAAGGUUGCGAUGACUUUUGUACCAUAACUGAGCUCGAGGCCAGAGUUGACGAAUUGCCCAAGGAACUUGAGGAUCUCAUCGAGCAUAUGCUUGAGAGCAUCGAUCCAAGGUAG